UACUUCAAUCAACCGGAGCACCACUGGUUCCUCCCCCAUUCAUUCAUUCAUCUUCACUGUCAGGCCUCCCUCCGACAAUACGUUCAUAGACAGCUCUCAUCUCACUCGGCCAUGGCGGUGUUCUCCACUUCCCUCACCUCCCAGUUCUCCGGCCUCCGCCGCUCCACCAAGCUUGACGGCCCCACCAGCCAGUCCUUCCUCCAGCACGCUAACUCUCAGCUCUGCUUCUCCGCUGCCCCCAAGCCCUGCAGAGGGGUCGUCGCCAUGGCCGGCACUGGGAAGUUUUUCGUUGGUGGAAACUGGAAAUGUAAUGGGUCAAAGGAGUCCAUAACCAAGCUUGUUUCUGACUUGAACAGUGCCACCUUGGAGCCUGAUGUUGAUGUUGUUGUUGCACCGCCUUUCGUCUACCUUGAUAUGGUCAAGAAUUCAUUGACGGAUCGGAUUGAGAUAUCUGCACAGAACUCCUGGAUCAGCAAAGGCGGAGCUUUCACCGGAGAAAUCAGUGUGGAGCAGCUCAAAGAUAUUGGAUGCAAGUGGGUCAUCCUUGGACACUCCGAACGAAGACACGUCAUAGGGGAAACUGAUCAGUUCAUCGGAAAGAAAGCUGCAUAUGCCUUAAACCAGGGCCUCGGAGUCAUAGCAUGCAUUGGGGAGCUGUUAGAAGAAAGAGAAGCUGGCAAAACUUUUGAUGUCUGUUUCAAGCAAUUGAAGGCUUAUGCUGAUGCUAUCCCAAGUUGGGAUGCUGUUGUUAUCGCCUACGAGCCUGUGUGGGCUAUUGGAACUGGUAAAGUGGCCACACCGCAGCAGGCUCAGGAAGUACACGUGGCUUGUCGUGAUUGGCUUAAAAAGAAUGUCUCGCCUGAAGUCGCUUCCAAGACUCGCAUUAUCUACGGAGGGUCCGUGAAUGGAAGCAACUGCGCGGAGCUUGCAAAGCAAGAAGACAUCGAUGGUUUUCUUGUUGGUGGCGCUUCUUUGAAGGGCCCUGAAUUUGCCAUCAUCGUCAACUCGGUGACAUCAAAGAAGGUUGCUGCCUAAUUUUCCAUCCUUUUGGUUUUCCAAACCAAACCAAAAGCAAAUAAAUUUCGAAAGGAAACCCGGUUCUGCUGGGCAGCAUAUAGUGUGAUUAAAGCGUUAAGCCAGUUGUAAUCGUUCAGGAUUUUUGCCUGAACAUUGUUCGCACCGCUUUCUGAGAGUGAUAGGUAACCCGGCACUGUAUUCUGUUAAUUUUUGAUCUCCCCACACUCGUGACUUAUAAGUUAAAGGCAUCGGUGCUUGGAUGGAUGAGCAUGAGUGACUGAUGCUCUCUGGCUUGUAUCAUAAGAUCUGACUUUGCAAGUUUUGAGUCUGAUUGCCCUGUCGUUGUUGAUAAAUUCAAAUCAUAAGAAAACUGCUGCAA